AUGACAAUAAAUUAUAACUUACAAUUAUCAAACUCAAAACCAUGGGCACUUUUCCUCAUUCUACUACGUUGGCGUGGAAGUAUUUGGAAACUUGUACUAAUCGAACUUAUCAUAUUUUUAUUAAUGUUUUUAUUUAUAAAUAUAUUUCUCAAUCAUAUACUUCCAGAAAAUACACGCAAAAUAGUUGCUGAAAUAUCACAAUGGUUUAAAUCCCAGGAAACUUUUAAAAUGAUACCAGUGGAAUUUAUGCUUGGUUUUCUUGUUCAAGCAAUCAUAACACGUUGGCAGAAGAUGAUUCAUGAUAUUGGUUUCAUUGAUAGUUUAUCAUUGACAGUAGCUAGCUAUAUUCAUGGUAAUACGGAUUAUAGUCGUAUGAUACGACGUAAUAUCGUACGUUACGUUUGUUUAGCUCAAGUGCUUGCAUCACGUGAUUUUAGUAUUGCAGUUCGAAAAAGAUUUCCUACAAUUGAUUCGAUUGUUUCAGCUGAUUGUAAUUUUGGAUCAAGGUAUUGGUUACCUGUACAAUGGGCACUUUCUAUUGUUCAUACUUCUCGUCGAGAACAGUUAAUUGAUAGUGACUUCUAUUGUGAACGCAUCUGUGAAGAAAUUAGAUGCUUCCGAAAUAGUUUAGCCAAUUUAUGCAAAUUUGACUGGGUACCAUUGCCGUUAGCAUAUCCUCAAUUAGUGUAUCUGGCAGUACAUGUACAUUUUUUCAUAGUACUUAUUUCAAAACAAGAAAUUAUCCUACCAGUAGUACAAAAGAAUAUGACAGAAUCGCUCAGUGCUGCAACAACAGUUAGCGAAUCGUUACAUCGGUGGGUUCCGUUAACACCAGCUAUACAAUUCUUUUUUUACAUGGCUUGGACAAAAGUGGCAAUGGUACUUAUUAAUCCAUUUGGUGAAGAUGAUGAUGAUUUCGAAACAAAUGCACUUAUUGACCGAAAUUUUAAAGUAGGAAUAAGAAUUGCAGAUGGUACAAGUGAUGAUGUGCCAAGACAAUUGAAGGAUUCAUUUUGGAAUCAUAAUAUCGAAGCAUUAUAUAGCCAAAAAUCUAUUAGAAUUAAUGAAAGACAAGAUGGUUUAGUGGGUUCAGCUACAAGAUUUCCGUAA